GUGUGUCAAUGGUAGAGCCACUCUGUCAAACUCUCCGCGUUAUUCCAAAACCCUAAAAUGAAGCGAUUACUCGUGACGGACUGAUGACCGCGAUUAGUAGCAGUUAUCAGUCGAUGUAUUAACCGCCAUACUGACGGGUAAUAUUAUAUUGUUUCUCUAAAAUAUUGUUUUAAGUUAAAUAUAAUAUAGGUACACAGAGUGUUCAUCUGCUUUAUCGACUGACUACAAGGGAUGCGAAAGCGGAAUACUUCUGUUGCCGCGGACCAUGACAGCUCCCUUACUAACACGCUACUGGACACAAGUCGGGGUCUGAAAUACUGUCAGACGAAAGGGGAAGGCGACCAGGGACCCGAAGCUGCCUUCGAUCCGGUGGAUCUGGAUUCGCAGAAGGAGAUGGGGAGGAGAAGAAGGUCCGGCAUGAUCCCCCGGCUGAAGCGGAUCCUUCUCUGGCUGCUGUUCAUAUACUUAGCCAUUCCCAUCCUCGUCAAGCUCUGCCCAUCCAUUCAGGCAAAACUGGUCUUCUUAAAUUUCGUGCGGGUGCCCUAUUUCAUCGACCUGAAGAGGCCGCAGGACCAGGGCCUGAACCACACCUGUAACUUCUACCUGCAGCCUGAGGACAGGGUCAAUAUCGGCACGUGGCACACGGUCCCCGCCCAGCUCUGGAAGGACGCACAGGGACAAGACUUGCAGUGGUUCGAGGGCACCUUCCAGUCUUCGCACCCAGUCAUCCUGUACCUGCAUGGCAAUGCUGGGACCAGGGGGGGAGACCACAGAGUCCAGCUCUAUAAGGUCCUCAGUUCAUUGGGCUUUCAUGUGGUUUCGUUCGACUAUAGAGGGUGGGGUGACUCGGAGGGCACCCCCUCGGAAAAAGGCAUGACCGCAGAUGCACUCUUCCUCUAUCAGUGGGUGAAGAAGAGGAUUGGGGAGAAGUCACUUUAUAUCUGGGGCCACUCAUUGGGCACGGGGGUUGCUACAAACCUGGUCCGUCAUCUGUGUGACAAAGGGACCCCGCCGGACGCCAUGAUCUUGGAGUCUCCGUUCACCAACAUACGGGAGGAGGCCAAAAGCCACCCUUUCUCCAUGGUUUACAGAUUCCUGCCCGGCUUCGACUGGUUCUUCCUGGAUGCCAUAACAGCCAACGAUAUUCGGUUUGCCAGCGACGAAAACAUGCUGCACAUCUCCUGUCCAGUGCUCAUUCUCCAUGCAGAAGAUGAUGGUGUUGUACCCUUCCACCUCGGCAAGAAGCUGUACAACAUCGCAGCCCAGUCCACAAGCCUGAAUGGGCACAAGGUGCAGUUUGUCCCCUUUCCCAUGAGCCUUGGCUUCAAGCACAAGUUCAUCUACAGAAGCCCAGAACUGCCACACAUCUUGAGUGACUUCUUAGGCACAGCCCUUCCAUAUGUGUAGCUGAGCAGAAUAAAGGGCUCCUGGCCUCCAUCUCCAGACGGACGGACGCACGCACGCAGACAGACAGACAGACAGGCACACGGACAGAUGGACGGACAGACAGACUGACAGACGCACGCAGACAGACUGACAGACGCACGCAGACAGACUGACAGACGCAC